CUUUGCACUCUGCUUUGUAAAACCGGAAAUACUCGUGAUGCUCUUUAUGUUGAGGAGUUGGGUCGAGCUAGAGGCCUAUCAGACUUAAUGGCCGAGAAGUACUUGGUUGAAUCGCACAUCUCUGCUAAUCCACAAUCUUGGUUUGGCAUUGAAAACGUUUUUAGAAAGAAAAAUAACUGUUCUUGUCUGUACAUUUCUUUUUUUGAAAAUGAGCUGCAUUUGUUGAUUUUGAAAACAACUGAAGUCCUUUAUUAUAAAAGAAUAUCACUAGAAGAGAAUCUAGUUCAGGCUGGGUUGCCCAAAGAUUUGCCUUUGAGUCAAUUUUUGGCUGAUUAUUUCCGGAGCCUUGGUAUUUUACCCAUUGAAGAUUGUGAAGAUCUGUCUUUAAAUAUGGUUGAAUUGCAACCUCUCUCUCCCUCGAACAAAAGAGCUCAGCAAGAUUGCGACUCAUGGAGAAGCACGAGGAGGACGGAGUCGUUUCAAGUCUAUCUUUGUGUUACAAACUGUUUAUUGCCCCCGUUUAUGAUUUGCUUGAAGAGCCUGAAGUCAUUAUUGUUCCUGAUCGCAGUUUGUACAAAGUUCCCUUUACUGCACUGAGUGAAAAGGAGGGAGUCCAACACCUGUCGGAGACUCAUAGGAUCCGUGUCAUUCCUUCUUUGACAAUACUCAAGUAUUGA